AUGACCCAGCAAACACAGCCUUUGGGACUGCACCAGCCUGAGCCGUGCUCCCAAGGGCGCCCUGGUUCUGUCUUCGGGAUGCGCAGAGCCCCCAGGCUGACUCCUCCUGGCAGCCAGAGCCAGCAGCAUAGCCGGGAGAAAGCCUACCAGGACCACAGGAGGAAGGUCCGGGAUGCCCAGCCGCUUGUGGACACCUGUGCCCCGCUGACUCCCAGCCACCUCCACCUGAAGCUGAAGAAGCUGAAGCUGGAGGAGGAGCGGCUCUCUGUCAUCGACAGGGACAACCGCCUGCUGCUGGAGAGGGUAUCCUGCAUCAUGAGGACCAGGGGACAGGCCGACAGCAGAAGCAACUGCACACCCAAGAGGAAACAGAGACGCCAGGAGCACAGGCGGCCAUUUGGAUGCAGCGCAGCAAGGGCUCCUGGAAGCGGGGCUUCCCGCGCGGCCCGGCCCGGAGCCGCAGCGAGGCCGCGUGUGCCCGGCGAGGCCGGACCGGGAGCCGGGCGGUUCUCAAGGGCCCCCGCCGAGCUCCCCGCCCGCGCUUCCCUCUCGAGACACACGGGGAGCCUGGACGCAGCCCGCGGCCCGCAGACCCCGGUGGGACUGUGGCCCGAGCGGCGCCGCCCGGGCGGCGGGCCCUGCCUCGGGGUCCAGGGCCGUGGGCUCCUGAGGGUCUGCGUGGAGGAGGCGGCGUCGGGCACCGAGAAGCGGGCGACCCCAGCGCCGUCCCCAGCGGCCUGGCCCCGCCGCGCCUGCGCCGCUCCCGACGGGCCGCCUCCCGGGAGACCGGGCCACGCGGCGCUUCCUCGCAGGCUCUUCCCCUGAGGAAGAGCUGCAAAAUCAGGCACUUCGAAAACCGCGCGCUUAGCAACCAUCGAACUCCGUUUUACAGGACCGGAAAGUUGAAAAACCGUCGAAAGAAACCCCAGUAGCCGCCUGUGACCAGCUGUCUGAAGACCAGAUGCCACCUCCUGACAUCCGGUGCAGACGGGGCAUAUGGCCCUUUACCUCUAAAAUUCCAGAAGAUAUGCCUCUCGCUGACUCGGCGCGGAAGCAGCCGCCCCCUCCUCCUCCUGCCCCCUCCUCCCCCUCCUCCUACUCUGAGUGCUCUCCGGUGGGAACACUGCACAGUCAUGCUUAGCUGAAGGGCUGCACAGCCAGCUUUCCUGGACAUCUCUUUUUUUUUUUUUUUUGCUAGUUUAUAACUUUCCAUCCUCCUCACUUUACUCAAGUCAUCCUCAUUUAUCCUAACUCCAAAGUGAGAAAUUACUUAACUAAUUUGAUAGCUGUUUUUACCGAGGGAGGAUAGAUUUCUAUAAGAUCAUCCAGUAAAGCCCAUUAGCCAUCCUGGAACUUACUGGAGCCCUCAGUGAACAGGAACGAUGUAUGACUUUGAUCUAGUACCCUGAUCCCAAAUAACCCACACACACAAGGAGGAAACAGACACCAGAGGUCUCGAGGCAACAGUUAAAUGUUUGUGUAACAGCACAACGCAGGGUGGCAAGGCUGUGGACCUGAGCUGACUCCAAGCUCACUCAGCCCCUGGACCUCUCUUCCUCAUUUGUAAAGCUGUGACGUGACCCACCUCCCAGAACUCCAUUCAGGUUUAGACAAAUCAGGUUUGCAAAGAUGGCUAUGAAAGUGCCUGGCAUUCACUUGAUGGGCAAUAAAACAUUGUCUCUUUCCUUCCUUCUUUACUGAAUGCAUCUGCCACACUAUAAAAACUCUAAUAAAAAACACUAACUCAGAA